AGGAUAAUCUCAGGCUGGGAGUUGUGGCUGCACAAUUAUUUGCAAACAACUCUCGAUCUUCUAGCAGAAGGGACUUGCACUGUUGCAUCAAAUUAUCAAAGAUCGUCAGAAAUGGAUACCACAAAGAUGAAAAGGGCAAAUGGUGUUGGCAGCGAUCUGUCAGAGCAGAUAAAAGAGGUGACCAAAGACAGCCAUGUGCGUGCUGAGAACACCCAGCUAAUGCUCAACUACCAGAAAGGACAGAUCACUCUGCCGCAGUAUAAGAUUCUUCUGUGUUCCCUGUAUGAGAUCUACCAAGCGCUGGAAGAGGAACUGGACAGGAACUCUGCCCACCCAGCCGUGGAGCCCAUCUACUUCCCUCAGGAGCUAGCCAGAUUGGAGUCGCUUGAGAGAGAUCUUGAAUAUUUCUUUGGGCCACAGUGGAGAAAGAGAGUUAUAGUACCUGCAGCAACGCACAGAUAUGCAGAGAGGCUUCGAGAGAUUGGCAGGAGCAAUCCAAAUCUCCUCGUAGCUCAUGCUUACACCCGUUACCUUGGCGACCUAUCAGGAGGUCAGGUCCUAGGAAAAAUUACCCAGAAGGCCAUCGGACUUAAUGGCAAGGAGGGUGUGGCAUUCUUUUCAUUCCCAGGAGUGACAAGUCCUCAUCGCUUUAAGCAGCUGUAUAGGAGCAGGAUGAACAGCAUUGAGAUGAGUGAGGAGGAGCGCAGGAAAGUUCUGGAUGAAGCUGUCAGGGCCUUUGAGUUUAACAUUGAGGUUUUUGAUGACCUUCAAAAAAUGUUAAGCAUCACAGAAGAGACCUCAGGUGGCAGUGGAACACAAAAUGGACCAAUCAAUCCACUAACAGCCAUUUCAAGGUCUCCAGUCAUUCAGUUUACAUUAGGACUUUGUGCUGUACUGGCAACUGUUGGAAUGGGAGUCUAUGUUGCUUUUUAAAUGUAAUACAGAAUAUAUAGGAAUCCGUUUACUUUGCAUCAGCAAUAAAUAACUGAUUACAAAUUCAAGCUGCUUGAAAUACAGAUGAGACACUGAUUAUGAAAAAGCAAGCGAAUUAAACAUUUCUGACCAAUUUUCAAUUUGAGAUUUAAAAAAAAAGAAAAAAAGAAGGUGGGAUCACUGAAAUUCAUUAAAGCUCUGUAAUACAAGAAUUAUAAUGGAGAUUAUGUAAAUAUGUUAAUUACAAAUAAAAUCAUGUACACAUUUACUUAAA